AUAGAAACAGCUGUGAGAUAGCGACGUUAGCUAAAGUCUUAAACUGCGUAUUAGCUGCAAAAUCACAAAUGUAACGUUUGUAUUUGUGGUCGGCGAAGACAAAACCAGUAUGACAAGUGUACUGGUGUCACUGGACUAAACAGCGUUGUUCUUUUUCUGCGUUUGAUGCUAGUUGUAUUUAGCCGAGGCUAAUUAGCUUGCUACAGUGAGCUAGCUAGCUGUCAGCGGGUUUGUUUUGUUUGUUUUGUUCUUUGUAAAAGUGUAAAUUUAUUUAAAAACACAUGAGCGUGUCUCUGGUCGUUAUCCGUCUGGAAAUAGCCGACCAGUCUCCUUCUCCACAAGGUUUCCAGUACUCUGCUGUUGAAGGCAUGUCCGAUGAGGAGCUGCAGGAGAAAGCUUUGGGUUUAGCCAAACACACUCUGAGUGGGAAGACGGAUCUGGAGAGAGCGGUUGUGCUGCACCAGCACCUCGGGAGCAGAGCCAUGGGGGACAUGGUGAUCGAGACCUUUGAGCCCAGUCCAGAUAAAGGAGGAGGCGAGGACCCCGGAGGUUCGUCAGAGCAGGACAGUGACGCUCCGGCGGCUCAGACUGAAGCCGACAGUCUGGAGGUCACCGAGGGUUCUCAGGAGAACGGCGAGGCGACCAGCGCUGCCCCCGACUCGCCCUCCAAGCAGCUGCCGGACCAGAUCUCCUUCUUCAGCGGGAACCCGUCAGUGGAGAUCGUCCACGGCAUCAUGCACCUCUACAAGACCAAUAAAAUGACGUCACUGACGGAGGACGUGAGACGCAGCGCGAUGGUGUGCAUCCUGACGGUCCCCGCCACCAUGACCAGCCACGACCUCAUGAAGCUUUUGGCUCCUUUUAAUGACGUCAUGGAGCACAUGAAGAUCAUACGGGACUCCACCCCGAACCAGUACAUGGUUCUCAUCAAGUUCUGCUCACAGGCAGACGCAGACAGCUUUUACACGGCGUGUAACGGCCGCCAGUUCAACUCCAUAGAGGACGCCGUGUGCCAGCUGGUCUAUGUGGAGCGGGCCGAGGUUAUAAAGUCUGAGGAGGGAGCCAGUCUGCCGGUGAUGGAGCUGACCGAGCUGCCAAAGUGCACCGUGUGCCUGGAGAGGAUGGACGAGUCCGUUAACGGCGUCCUCACCACUCUCUGCAACCACAGCUUUCACAGCCAGUGUCUCCAGCGCUGGGAGGACGCCUCGUGUCCUGUGUGCAGGUACUGCCAAACACCAGAACCGGUCGAAGAGAACAAGUGCUUUGAGUGCGGCGUGCAGGAGAACCUGUGGAUUUGUCUGAUCUGCGGCCACAUCGGUUGCGGUCGUUACGUCAGCCGGCAUGCGUACAAGCACUUUGAGGAGACGCAGCACACCUACGCCAUGCAGCUCACCAACCACCGAGUCUGGGACUACGCAGGAGAUAACUACGUGCACCGGCUGGUUGCCAGUAAGACGGACGGGAAGAUGGUGCAGUACGAGUGCGAGGGAGACACCUGCCACGCUGAGAAAAUUGACGCACUCCAACUAGAGUACUCGUACCUGCUGACGAGUCAGCUGGAGUCUCAGAGGAUCUACUGGGAGAAUAAGAUCGUUCAUCUGGAGAAGGAGACGGCCGAGGAGAUAAACAACAUGAAGUCCAAAUUUAAGGAGACGUUGGAGCGCUGCGAUAACUUGGAGCGACGGUUCGGGGAAAUAAGCAAAGAGAAGCAGAGCAUCGAGAAAAAGUGCACUCAGCUCAACAGCCGAGUGCUGAAGAUGAGCCAAGAGCUGAAGGAGGAGCAGGAGAUGAACCGCUGUCUGAGAGCCAAUCAGGCGCAGCUGCAGGCCCAGCUGGCAGAGGAGGAGCGCAAAGCACAAGAGAGCGGCGAGUCUAAGGACGGGGCGAUAGCGGAGCUGCAGGAGCAGCUGAGAGACGUGAUGUUUUAUCUGGAAACGCAGCAGCAGAUCGAACACCUGUCUCCGGAGGCCCGCAGUGAAAUCCAGGAGGGACAGAUCAACAUCGCCGCCAGCCCGUCGGACGGCGCCGGAGCAGGCCCGUCCUCCGGCAGAGGCAGGAGAGGCCGCGGCAGGAAGAGGAAGUAGGCGGCGGUUCAAACUUCUACAGGAACAUGCUGGAAAUCUCUCAGCGCUGACCCCGAGCUCUGUCCUUUCUGUUAACGUGUCGGCGUCCUCGUGGUUCCCCAAAAAGCACUCGGAGGAGAAAAUGAAGACGUGACGCUCGGCUUUUUGAAGAAAGAUUUAAAAAGAGAUGAUAUUUUACCUGCACAGUUUCCCACCUUUACCUAAUGUAGCCUCCACCCGAAGAAAAGUGGAACACGUGGGUGGAUUUCUCCGCCAAUGAAAGCCGACGCCUGGCCAUGUUUGCCAAAUAUAUUCAACAUCUGUGCGAUGUGAAUAUAUUCUGCUGUUUCCAAAUCGAAAAAUGAGUAGCUAUUUUGGUCAUACGUGUAUUUAUUAGAUCCGAAUUCUGUUCAUUUGUUCCCACUUUGUUAUCAAAGUCUGUUUGACACCUUUUCAGAUUUUCUUGUACGUGUGAGAAAUUGACAAAAAAAAGCUGGUGGAUUAAUAUU